AUGAAUGAUUCACACUCUGCAGCGCAUAUCCCCUCUGGUUUUGUGAUCAAAGAUUUCUCUACCCUGCCGCCAAAGACUCGCUCAACAGUCGCAGACAAAGUGGCCAAACUUGAGAGAAAGGUCUUCCCAGCAAUCGAGCACUUCAACUACGACGUGGAACUUAAGAAAAAGAACACUGGACUACUCUUGGUCUUCAAAGAAGAUGACACCGAUAAACUUAUUGCAUAUCUCGUCUAUCAACGGAUGAAGAGAUUAGCGUGGCUGCAUAAACUUUGUGUGAUCGAGCAAGAAAGAGGAAGAGGUAUCGGAAAGGCCUUGAUUUACUACCUUCGCCGUCAAAUGGGAAAAGGAGGCUGCAACAAGAUCUUCUUAUGGGUGGACGAAAGUCGCGGGCAUGCCAGAGCGUUGUAUGAGUUGUGCGGCUUUCAACAGUCUGAAUGCCGUCCUGACUACUACGGUCCUGGGCGGACAGCACUCAAGCUUGAACUGGAGCUCGGAGACUGAACGAAUACAUGGAAACUCGAAACCAGCCCUUGCGAUGUCGACUAUCGUAAUUUGCUAAGAAGAUCGUCAGGAUGAGAAUAGUAAUAUUCCUACGAGGAGCGGAGAAGGGUCACGAUGCGGGACCGUUCUCCAGACAGGA